CGCUAACGUGUAUAUUUUCCAUCGACCACGCCAGUUUUCCCUCAGAAGCGGGUCGUCAAGGCGCCGUGUAGACGCUGCUUCAGUUGUAGGUGUUAACAAGCUUUAGUUUGCUGGUUUUUGUGUGCAAAACGGGACGAAAAUGGUUUAUUUGCCGCUGAUUGUGGCCAUUUCGUUGGUGGCUUUUGGUUACUCCCAAGACAUCGAGCUGCAGACGUCUUCGUACUCACCGAGAUUAACAACCGGCUCGUUCCGCUCGACUUCCGAGACCCCCGACCCGGACUCGACCAUCCAAAGGGCCUUAGCAUGGUUAAUAACCCAGCGCGACGUGGCAUGGGGGUGGCGCAACGACACCCCCAAAGCCGUCACCGCACUCCAGCUAGUUUCGCACGACGACUUCGCCGCCCCUUUGCCCACCCCCGUCGAAAUGCAACUCUCGAGCAAAGAAUUAGAAAUCGAGAUCGUGAUUCUGCUCUGGAGGCAUCACGAAGUCCCGAUAACGCCGCCCAAAUUGGCGCAAUAUGCCCUAGCGCUGAGCGCGCUCUGUCACGAUCCGAGGCAAUUUCACGGGCAUGAUUUAAUCGGGGCAUUGCAGCAUCAUGAGGCCGUGCAUGAUCUAGAUUUUGCCUAUGCCACGUUGGCGGCCUGCAGCUCGAGGGCGCAUGUGAGGAAGAAGCAGAUUCGGAGGCUGCUGGAUAUUGCCAAUACGGCCAAAGACCACAAUAUUGACACAGUGGCAAUGACAAUCUUGGCCCUCCGUUGCAUAGUCAAAGACCACAGACACCGCAACUUGCAACACUCCUUACGGAGGCCUAGUAUUAGCUUAGCGCGACAGCAACAGCCCGACGGGGGCUUCGGCAACUUGUACAACACAGCCUUGACCAUGCAAGCCCUCCACGACAUGACCGAGGCCACGUCCCACUGGAACAAAACCGCGGCAAAAUCCUACAUCGAGUCCCGCCAGGACCCCGACGGCGCCUUCACCGACCCCGGCCUGACCGCCGACGUGCUCCUGGCGCUGACCAACCACGGCCUGGGCUCGAUCCGCAACCUGGACUGCGGGAAAUCCGACGGCGAGAUCGAAAACCACGUCGAAAUCGACGGCUUGACCAAAUCGCUCUCAGUCCACGGCAACGACUCCGAGAUCCGCAACGUCACCAUCACCUACACCCUCUGGGUGGGCUCCAACAUUACAGAAAACUGCACUCUUGCGAUCACAGCGCCUCGGAACACCUCGUUCUACUCCGUCAUGCAGAUGGCCAUGGAGCUCGACCCCCACUUCACCUUCGAGGCUUCUGAGUGGCCCAAUGGGCACUACGUCCACACACUGGCUGGGUACAAGGAGGAGCCGAUGGGCUACAACUAUUGGCUGCUGUAUCGGCUGCCGGAGGUGCCCGAUCCGAGCGCUCCGCCAGCCAAUCAGCUCGUCGCACCAGUUGGGGUCGAUGAUUUACUGAUCGACGAAGGAGACCACUAUUUGUUCUGGUACAAAAAGUUGUAAGCUUAAGCACAAGUAUCAUGCUUCUGUACGCCUUUUUUUGAGUGACUCUUGUUUUGCUAAUUCUACUCUAUAGAGGGCGCUUCUGGACGUAAGGAUGGAUUGUAUCAUCUCGGACUGUUUUAUACUGUAGGUCACAAUACAGUGUUUUCUUUUUAAUCUUAAGUAGGUCAUAAGUAAUACACUAUAGGUGUGGUUGUAAUAAUAACAAACAAAUAAUAAUGCAUUUUGAAGGGACAAUAUAUCUUUGUGUGACAUCUUUUUUAUAUGUAGCUUAGGAUUCGAUUAUUUAUUCAAUUGUUAAUAUGGCAAAAAUUGUUAAAAGUUCUUUAUUUUUGUUAAAUUUGGCUUAAAGGAUUACUAAUAAAUACUUAAAUACA